GUAGAUUGGAAGGGCAGUUUUUUGUUUUUUUUUUUUUGGUUUCUCACCAGAAUUAGUCAUCAGAGAUGCCAAAUUGGGAACUCAAAAACUGUUGUAAUAAUGAGCAGGUUGCCUUCUUAAUCACCAUAGGAAUCUUCUCUGUUGUGAUCCUCGCGCUAUGGAGGACAAUAUUGUUGACACCUUUCAAGCUUAUUACUGUCUUUCUUCAUGAAGCGAGCCAUGCUUUAGCUUGCAAACUAACAUGUGGUCAUGUGGAGGGAAUCCAGGUUCAUGCAAAUGAGGGUGGAGUGACACAAACACGUGGUGGUGUUUAUUGGUUAAUUUUGCCAGCCGGAUAUCUUGGUUCCUCAUUUUGGGGAAUGGUUUUUAUACUGGCUUCCACAAAUCUUUUAACUGCAAGAAUUGCUGCCGGAUGUUUUGUUGUUGCUUUACUUAUAGUACUCUUUGUUGCUAAAAAUUGGACGCUUCGAGGACUUUGCAUUGGGUUCAUUAUCUUCCUUGGCAUUGUUUGGAUUUUGCAAGAAACAACAAAGAUUCGCAUUCUGCGGUACAUCAUUCUGUUCAUCGGCAUAAUGAACAGCUUGUUUUCGGUUUACGAUAUAUAUGAUGAUCUCAUAUCUCGAAGAGUUCAUUCCAGUGAUGCUGAAAAGUUUGCAGAAGUUUGUCCUUGCCCCUGUAAUGGUGUUGCAUGGGGAGUCAUUUGGGGAUUAAUAUCAUUUAUGUUUCUCUGUGGAUCCAUGUAUCUUGGACUUGUCAUCAUGUCUUGAGGUUCAAGAAUAGGUUCAAAUGCUUGUCACCGGAUAUGACUUUGCUUUACAUGGAGUGGAACAAAAGGACAGUAUCUGUGGCCAACACCAUAUAACAGGAUGAAGAUUGGUUGAUCAGGAUGAUUCUUAGCUGUUUAUGUACAUAUUAUUUUACAUUUUUGUUGUGAAUUCUUCUAGCAGUAAAAUAUUUAUUCAUUCUUAACCUUUUUUUUAGCACUGGGUUCAUAUCUUUGUUACUCUCCAGGGGUGAGACUUGUCUCAUAAGCUUGGUUAUUCAAAUUGAGUUUGCUAAUUAGAUGGGAGACAUUCU